AUGAAAUCUUGGGUAAAUGUCCUGUUUAUAGCCGCAGUUGUUAUAUAUUUUUGGUUUUACUUGCUUUCAAAUAGGAUAGACGUCAACUCAGUUCCUAAAUAUCUUAAAGUAAGUUCUUUUUAUGUUGCCGAAUCGGUCAAAAAGUUGCUAGAACAAUGUUAUUUCGAUCAACUAGGACCCAGAGUGGCACCUUUUAAAUAACAAACAGGGUUGUUUAAAUAAUUAUGUGCCCUUUCACAAAGCAAAUUUUCCGGAAUAGCGAGUACAGAAUUAUUUGAACAGAUUAAUGACAACAUAAGGUUGGACAAUUAAUUCUGUGCCUCUUCUCAAAAACAAUUUCAAAGAUAGGGAGCGCAAAACUUUUUGAACAACCUAAUAGUGCUAAUUUAGUCAAAAAAUACCUAGAGAAGAAAAGUUAAGCGAAAUAUUUAAUGGAUUUCAAAAUUUUUGCCCAUUUCAGACAUUCGCUCGUAUUGAUAAGCCAGUAACAGACGAUGAUGAAACAUUGCCAAUCGAAACAACUGACUAUAGCAACUCGAGUAACUGCUUUCGACCGGAAACUAAUGCUGAUAUUAAAGUAAGCGCAUUACUAUUUUUGGUAUGUAAAGAAAGUUCUUGCCAUUUUUGCUUUGUAAUGAAAGUUUUUGCCAUUUUUUGUUUUGUAAAGAAAGUUCUUGCCAUUUUUUGGAUUCUAAAGAAAGUUCUUGCCAUUCCCAACCCGACCUUCACCUAUGUUUGCAGAUCGACGGUCAAAGUCUCCUAAUAUCCAAAGAAUACAAACCCCCACCCAAAGAUGAAAUUCUUAAUGUGCAUCUCGUCUUCCACUCCCAUCUGGACCCGGGCUGGUUACUAACCUUCAAAGAGUACUAUGACGAACAAGUUUCACUAAUUUUUGACAACAUGAUCGACUACUUGAGCACACAUCCUGACGGAAGAUUUAUUUGGUCAGAAAUGUCAUUUUUACACCACUUUUGGAUCAAUUCAUCUAGUAAGAAGAGAGAAAAAGUGAGAGAGUAAGAUGAUUUUUUUGAAUUUUGAAUUUUAAAUUUUAAAAAUUCAAAAUUUGAUUUUAAAAAUUUGUAAAGCAUUCAAAAAUGCGUUUAUACUGCAAAUUUCGACUCGGUAGAAUAAUUAGUAAAAGAGUUAUAAUCAGUUAAAAGUGUCAAAAAUCCAAAAAAAAAGUUAGAACCCGCCUGUAUCACAUCAACUUUUUCUUAUUUUUAAUCCGCUUCAAUUUGUACUGCCCACCGUAUUUUAACAAGAAUUUGCCAAAACAUACUUGAUUGUAUGCUUUACAUAACCUACAAUCUCAUUUUGUCUCAAAGUUUUUGAAAUUUUGGAAAAUUAAGGUUAAAGUUCAUAUUAACCUUCAAAAUCUCCGAAUUCUAAAACUUUUAAAAAUUCCUGAUGUUAAUAACAUUUUUACAUUUGAAGGUUUAUAAAAAACGGUCAAUUAGAGCUAUGUGGUGCUGCUUGGGUCAUGACAGACGAAGCCACACCCUAUUUUUGGGCAACAAUCGACAAUAUUGUAGAAGGGCAGCGAUUCGUCUACGAUACCUUUGGUUACGCUGCCAAUACUUCUUGGUAUGCCUACAUUUUUUCAUAUUUUAGAUCACUCUAAUUCAUCUACUUAUAAAAUUUAAGUCGAUAAGUUUUAGAUUCAAAAUUUUAGGUCAGUAGAUCCAUUUGGACAUGGCAGUAUGAACCCGUACCUAAUGUCCUUGGCUGGAAUCAAAAGUAUGGUAGUUGGUCGUUUAAACCAAAACGUCAAAAUCAAAAUGCGGAAACAGCAAGCCAUGAUCUUUAAAUGGACUCAGCCUUGGCAACAGGUAACAGGAUUAUUUUUUGGUAUUUUAGGUAAUAGCGACCACAAAACGCCAAAAACGGACCCUAUUCCCCACCUUUUUCCUCAAAAUCUCUAAAAUUACAAAAAACCAACUAAAAACCUCAACUUACAGGGACAAGAACCACAAAUUCCAACAGUAAUGUCAUUGCCAGAUGUUUAUUACACUACAACCAACGGUUGUGGGCCCGAUGGUCAGGUUUGUUGUAAGUUCGAAUGGGGAACAUCAUCAAGAUCGUUGUGCGCUGAAAGAAUAUUUAUUACUGAUGAGAACGUUGAAAAUAGAAGUGCGAUGCUCACGGAACAGUACAAAACAUAUCAUGUAAGUUUUGGACGAUUUUUUAAAAAAUUCAGAGAAUUUUCGAUAAAAUUGGUAAAAAUUGUGAGAUUUUUCGUUAGUUUUGUGACACUUCGUCUUUUUCUUGUCGUACGGCCGUUUUUGAAGGAAGUUUCGUCUUUCUUUUGGUAAAAUACGAAUUUCAUACAAAGUAUAAUUAUUUCAAUGUAUUAUAAAAUUAUUUUAAUUCCAGAACUUUUACAAUGGCGACGCAUUGCUGGUCUCAAUUGGCGACGACUUUUAUUUCCGAAGCAAAGACGAUUUUUCCCUCAUGUACGACAACUACAAGAAGAUAAUCGACCAUGUGAAUGUGAAUGUGGACAAAUAUAAAGUUAGAAUGCAAUUUUCAACGGUAGGAGAAUACUUUCAACGAAUUUCAAAGACUUAUUCAAAGCCUGCGGUGUUGAGAGGCAACUUUUUCCCAUAUACGGAAGAUAAAGAUGGGAAUUCAUCGUUUUGGACGGGUUAUUUUGUACACAGAAGCAAUUUUAAACAGCUGGAAAGAAAGGCACAAGUAAGUAAUGUUAUUGUUGAUAACAAUUUUAAUUGUCUUUGUUUGAACUAGAGGUUUGAGUGAAGAAAAUGCGAUAAAUUAGGAUGUUAUACUAGCUCUGAUGGCAUUGUUACUUUUGAUCACAACUUUUUUGUGGGGAUAGAUAAAGGUUUGAAAUUUGGCAUGGAUAUACAUUGCGUAUUUGUCUAACUAACGUUAAAACCAACUUUUAAUUUAUAAUUGUAUUGUAAAGUUACACCUAUUUUAACGUACCGCACAUUUAUUGAUUUUUACUAAAUGGAAAACGUUUUUUUUAAGUAAAGGUGACUAAACGUAUUUCUUUUUCAGGCCAAUCUGCGUCGUAUAGACUUAUUACGAUCUAGAUUAGGUGUCACUUCUAAUUAUGACGAGCUGACCGCACAUCGACGCAACGUAUCUCUAGUACAACAUCAUGAUUCGAUAACAGGGACCAGUAAAGUGCAUGUGAUGAAAGAUUACCGUAACAGGUGAGUUAUUAUCAUCCUUUACAUUGUGUUUUGUAUUUAGGUUAUUAGAAGCAGCGACCUACUUUGCUGAACAAGAAGCAUCGCUCCUGGGUGGAUCUUCAACUCAUGAUGUGCAUGAUGAUGGCCAAAUGAUUGAACUUGGCAAGGAUAAACCAAAGUAGGAAUUGAUAUUAGUUUUUAUUGAUAAAGACUGGCAUUUGGUUUUGUUUUACAUCAAUUUUUUCGUUUGCAAGAUUUUAUAUUGAGUUAGAGGAAAUACGGCCAUUUUUGAAGGCUAAAACAAUAUAACUUUGUCCUUUUAGGAAAACUGUGGUAAUUUUUAACCAAAAUACUGAAACUACAGAAAAGAAGAUUGUAUUAACUGUCAGCACACAAUAUGUUAAAGUAAAGAACAGCGAAUAUAUUCCAAUACAAGCUCAAAUUAUACCAGGUAUUGAUAAAGCCAGCUUGGAUGUUAAUAUGGAGUUUUUUGAGGUAAAUUCUUAUUAAAUUUGUGUAGUAAAGUGAAUUUUAGUUAGUAUUCUACCUAAAAAUGGAUGCGUUAUCAACAAAGGAAUUUAGUUUGAUCUAUACUGGCAAAAAACAAAAGAUUGAAGAGGUAGCGAUGAGUGAAAUGACAGAUAUGAACUUGUUCGAAAAAUACAAAAUUAAAACGAACUUUUUUGAUUUGAAUGUGAUCAAUGGGUCGAUUGAUGUAAGUCCUUUUAGUAUUGUUAGUUUUGGGAAGGUUUUUAUUUUGAAGGAGUGGCUUAAAAAAAUUUUGAAAAAAGUUCCACAGGGGGGACCAAGUUGAAAUUUUUUAAAAAUUCAAAAAAAAUUUUGUUAUUUUAAGAUUUAUAAUAACUAAAACUCAUUUUAUAUCUCACAAACCUCAACAUUUCCUAUUUUAGGGCAUAACCCACAAAGACGGUUCAAUCGAGACCUUCUCAAUCAACUAUGGACACUAUACAGACCGAGGUGGUGCAUAUGUCUUCGAUCCUGUUAGCGAUUUCUUGGAAGCUUAUAAAACAAAGUGUACUAGAUUUGAUGGCCCUAUUGUAGCACGAAUUUACUGUCAAGUCUUCUUGCAGUUGAGAGAAAAGCAUUUUUAUGUGAUAACGGAGCUGGUGGAGGUAUACAAGAAGCAAAAAGAGAAUAUGGUAGAAGUUAACGUUGAUGUCUUUUCACAACUCAAGGAAUUGAAGGCUCAGACAUUGAUAAUGAAUGUGGCAAGCAAGAUUAGGCCGAAGAACGUUCUAUGGACUGACGUGAAUGGGUUGUAUUUGACAAAUCAUGAGGUCAAUGGGUCAUUACCUAUUUCAGCCAACUAUUUUCCCGCCCCGACUGAGUCGAUGAUCCAAGAUAAAAGACGAAGGCUGACUUUACUGGCACGCCAAUCAACAGGAGCUACUCUUGACGAUAAUGGCAAUUUGAAUGUUAUGGUAGAUCGAAGUGUACUAGGUGAUGAUGGUAAAGGUCUUGGGUUUGCAGAUGCUAGAACUGUAAGUUUUUGAUAUUUAUCUUACUUUUUAGGUAACAAAAGUGGGUUUUUUUAUUAAAUAUUGUAAUAAUUUGGGCCAAAAGUGCAUAAAAUAGUAAUAUUGAGGUCAAAAAGUACCUAGAAUAACACUAGUUUAAAACUGGACAAAUAAAUAAUACUAAUGCCAUUUCAGGACCACCCAUCACAUUUCAAGUCGAAAAUUAUAAUAGAAACUUUGAAAUCACCACCAAAAUCGACCACUUUUCAGUCAAAGGCCAUAGAUAAUAUCCUGGAAGACCUACUACAUCCAGUAUCAAUCAUAGAAGAGUCAAAGGCCAAUAUUAGCAUAGACAGUGUGUAUUGGCCAUGCAGUGUACAACUGAUCAAUCUGAGACAGGUCAACGACUUUUACUUAUUAACCAUGAGGAGACUGGAGUACGAUUGUCAUGUGGAACAUGACAAAGAUUGUGAUAUCGAUUGGGUAAGGGGUUUUUGGAUAAAAGAAGCCUUUUUGAGAUUAAAGCAGAUUUAAAAUGGCAAGAACUUUCUUUACAAAACAAAAAAUGGCAAAAACUUUCUUUACAAAACAAAAAAUGGCAAAAACUUUCUUUACAAAACAAAAAAUUGCGAGAACUUUCUUUACAAAACAAAAAAUGGCAAAAACUUUCUUUACAAAACAAAAAAUGGCAAAAACUUUCUUUACAAAACAAAAAAUUGCGAGAACUUUCUUUACAAAACAGAAAAUGGCAAAAACUUUCUUUACAAAACCAAAAAUGGCAAGAACUUUCUUUACAAGCUUAAUUUUUAGACCUUUUUAUUUCAGAAGAAGCUAGACAUCACAAUAAACUCAUUACUACCUAAAAAGCCAAAAAGUAUUGUAUUCACUUCACUAACAGGCAUUCAUGAUGGGGAUACCUACAAAAUAGAAUUGCUUAAACAAAAGCUAAUGCCAUUUGAAAUAGUGACCAUGAAACUGGUUAAAUAG